CUCUACAAAAAACGUUGAAAAUGGCUACUGGAGCUUUGUUCGGUGGAAAUAGUCGCUCUCAGAGCAAGAAUUUGGUUGAAUUUCGUGCAGGAAAAAUGUUCAUGAAAGAGAAAAUGGUCCACCCAGAUAAAAGGAAGGGGUUGCUCUACGUCUAUCAGGCUGAAGACUCUCUGAUGCACUUUUGCUGGAAGGAUCGUGGUACCGGCACGAUUGAAGAUGAUUUGAUAAUCUUCCCAGAUGAUAUUGAGUUCAAACAUGUCACUCAGUGUACAACAGGGAGAGUCUAUGUCCUCAAGUUCAAGACCUCAAGUAGAAAGUUCUUCUUUUGGAUGCAGGAACCUAAGAAGGACAAGGAUGAAGAAUACCGCAAGAAAGUUAACGAAUAUCUAAAUAAUCCACCAACACCAGGGUCCAGUAGGGGAGCUGGACUAUCAUCUGAUCUGUCUGGACUAGGUGAUUCAGAUUUACAGAGUAUACUGGGAGGAAUGAGCCAGCAACAACUGAUGCAGUUAUUAGGACCAAUGGGAAUGGGAGGUCCUGGUGGUGGACUCUCUGCUCUGAUGGGAGCUCGUCCUAGUAGUGCUCAGUCAACAGCAUCUGAACCACCUCUGAGAGUGCAGUCAUCACCUGGUACCAGAGGAUCCAGUAAUGACCAACAGAGACCAGUCACUGCUGCUGCUCUACCUUCCCAGAAUACAACAGCUGCAACCACAACAACUACUACGGGGACUACAAGUACUACAGCAGGGGCUGCUGCUGCUACCUCCACAGGGGGCAGCAAAACACCUAUACAACUCAGUGAUUUACAGAAUAUAUUGUCUAGUAUGAAUGUACCUACAACACCUAAAGAAAGUGUAGAUUUAGUUCAGGCUUUAAAUCCUGAGUCAAUGAUUCCAAUCCUUGCCAACGCAGAGGUCCAGGAGAGACUAGUCAAAUUUCUGCCAGAGGGUGAAACACUACCCAAAACAGAACAGGAACUGAGAAACACUAUCCAGUCACCUCAAUUCCAACAGGCAUUGUCAUCGUUUAGUGCUGCAUUGCUGUCAGGACAGUUAGGUCCUCUGAUGUCACAGUUUGGUCUCGGUGAAGAUGUGGCCAAUGCUGCAGCUCAGGGAGACCUUGGAGCCUUCGUUAAAGCUAUGCAAGAACAGCAAAAGAAAAAAGAUUCAGACGAUGAUAAGAUGGACACUAAAUAAUUUUGUUGAUGUUUUGGUUACAAGCUUUCUUUAACAUGUGCGUUUAUAUUUCAUAAUAGAAUGCUAGAUAACAGCUACUUGUACUGUAUGAAUCAAGAGAUUCAUUUUCCGUAUCAGUAUCUAAUAUAUCGUCAACUAUGAUUCAAAUAUUUUCCUUUUUUAUGCACUCAAAUGUUCUAGUCUUAUGAAGUAAAAAUGUUUAUUUUCAGUCGUCGGAUGUUAAAAUGUUCAUAGUUUUUUUUCAAACCUGAUUUUAAGCAUUGGUACAUACUAAUUACUGUCUGUUGUGUUUAGAAAAUGAAAAUAACUUAAAUUAAAUGAAAUUACAAAUUAGUUUUCAGACACUUAAAGUUUCAUGGGAAGGCUUUAUAAAUUUUAAAUAUUUAGUAUUAAAAUCAUCUUCAUAUUUCAUGACAGUCUAUUCAGAAAAUCUUUGUUACAUUCUUUUAUAGUAAUAGCAAGUCUGAGAAAAUACAGAAUUGACCUUUUUCUGGAAGUAACAUAGAUUACCUCCCUUUGACCAGUUUGUUUUUAUUGGCUUUGUCCUGUAGUCACUGUUGUCAAUACAUCUCAGAAAAGUUUGUUGUUAAUUUAUUCUUAAAUACUUAAAAUAAUUUCAUAUGAAAAAAGUAAAAAUCAAGACCACUUUGUUUAAUUGUAGGAUAAUAACUGUUUCUUAUUAAAAUAUU